UGCUGGGAGUUUUGUAAAAGGGGAAGUCCCUAGGCAUCACGUGGGUAUAACAAACCGGUCACGCCUUAGUACACACGGUAUAUUUGUUUCAUUCGCAGCUUCGUUGCUCUUUUCUGUCAUUGUUUCUGGAAGUUUUUGCUCUCUCAGAGGAAAUAUGAGUGAACUAAGGUUCGAUGGUAAAGUGGUCUUGAUCACAGGCGCUGGUGCAGGUCUCGGAAAAUGCUAUGCGCUGGAAUUCGCAAAAAGAGGAGCAUCUGUUGUUGUCAACGAUCUUGGUUCAACACCGGGUGGGGUAGGGAGCUCAGCAAAAGUGGCCGACCAAGUGGUGGACGAGAUUCGAAAACUCGGUGGAACGGCUGUUGCUAAUUAUGAUUCUGUUGAAUUUGGUGAGAAGCUUGUUAACACUGCUCUGCAAAACUUUGGCCGUAUAGACAUUGUCAUCAACAAUGCAGGUAUCCUCCGAGAUCGCUCCUUCAUGAGGAUGAGUGAUGAUGAGUGGGAUUUAGUAAACAAGAUCCACCUCCGAGGAAGUUACUCCGUCACCAAAGCUGCUUGGAAUCAUAUGAAGACACAGAACUACGGACGCAUCAUUAUGACAUCAUCAGCAUCGGGACUUUAUGGGAACUAUGGACAAUCCAACUACAGCGCUGCUAAAAUGGGUUUAAUCGGUUUUGCAAACACUCUUAAAUUGGAAGGCAAGAAAUACAACAUCAGUGUUAACACUAUUGCUCCAAAUGCUCUGACCAGACUGACUGAAGGACUCAUUCCACCAGAGGUUGGCAAAGAUUUGAAAAUUGAGUACAUCAUGCCUCUAGUGAUCUAUCUUUGCCAUGAAUCAUGCUUGGAAACAGGUGGUGUGUUUGAGGUGUCUGGAGGACAUGUUUGCAAACUUAGAUGGGAGAGGACAAAGGGAGCAGUCCUUAGAGAGGAGGGAAAACCAAUGCUCCCGGAGGACAUUAAGAAAAACUGGGAGCAGGUGGUGGAUUUUUCAGAAAGGGAAGUUCUGGAGACGAUCGGUGACUCCGUCAUGGCGGGUGUCAGCGCCGUGCAACGUGUGCAGGCCGGCGACAAUGACCUUGGUUCAUCUCAUCCAAUCAAACCAAAGCUUGCCAAACAGCAUAAGUUUGCACCGGUCACUACUUAUCAUGAUCAUAACAAGGUUAUUCUAUAUGCUCUCGGAGUGGGAGCAUCUACAAAGCAGAAAGAUCAUCUAAAGUUUCUCUUUGAAAUGAACGAGGAUUUCUCUGUUCUUCCUUCAUUUGGCGUCAUCCCUGCUUUUAGUUCAAUGCUCAUUGCAGAUGUGAAAGGACUUGAAUUCAAUAUGACCCAAAUACUUCAUGGUGAGCAAUACCUGGAACUUUACAAACCAAUCCCCACAGAAGGGAAACUUACAAGUCAAGCCACCAUAGUUGAUGUGUUGGAUAAAGGAUCUGGAGCUGCAAUUAUAAUGGAUGUGGUAACUAAAGACGAAAGUGGUGAAAAGGUUUUUUACAACCAGUUUGUUACUUUUGUGGUUGGAGCUGGUGGUUUCAAUGGAAAGAGAUCUUCAGAACAUUUAAAGGCAGUAGCGAAGCAUCCAAACCGACAACCUGAUUCCUUUAUUGAGCAGCAGACAAGCAACGAUCAAGCUGCUUUGUACAGAUUAAGUGGAGACAAUAAUCCAUUACAUAUUGACCCUUCCUUUGCUGCCAUGGGUGGAUUUAAACAACCUAUACUUCAUGGUUUAUGUUCGUUUGGUUUCUCCACUCGCCAUGUUAUGGAGAAAUAUGCAGGAAAUGAUCCAACCAAGAUUAAAGCUAUCAAGGUUAGAUUCGCAAAGCCAGUGAUUCCUGGUCAAACCCUCCGUACUGAGAUGUGGAAGGAAGGAAACAGAAUUCAUUUCCAAACUAUAGUUGCUGAAACUGGAAAACCAAGCUUAUCUGGAGCUUACAUUGAUCUUACUGAAGCUAUUGUGGAUGAGCCCAAGGCUGUAGCUGGUUCCCUGCUAAGUGAUGCAUUGUUUGAGGCAGCCGCUGAUCGGCUUACACCUGAUGUUAUAAGGAAAGUGAAUGCUUCUUUUCAAUGGAAUAUUACUAAGAAUGGAAAAGUGGUCAAGUCAUGGGACAUGAAUUUGACCAAGGAUGCUGGUUAUAUAAAGCAAGGAGAAGCAAGCAAACCAGGAUGCACAGUCACAGUAUCAGAUGAUGAUGUUAUGGCUAUAUUUAGUGGCUCACUAAACCCACAACAGGCUUUCUUUAAAGGUCAAAUGAAGGUGUCUGGUAACAUUAUGUUGGCACAGAAGCUAGAAGUUAUCUUCAAGUCGCAAGCGAAGCUUUGAAACAGAUUUAGCUCGCAAAUUUAAUUAGUCCUAUGCAAUUCAUUGUAGUUAUAUAUAGUUGUGAAGUAAUUGAUAUAACAUUACCAGUUUAUUAUGAAGUAAUUUAUGUAACUUUAACAGUUUAUGCUGUACUAACUAAAUUUAACCAAAUUCUAAUUGUUGCUGUAUUAUCAUGCGUUGGUGUGAUUUAGUAUUUCAAACUACUUUUAAAUGCUAUCGUGCUAUCCAUGUUUAAUAUUAAUAUAAUUUGAUGUGAUAACCAAUUGUGUCUUAUCGAAUGCUCCAAAAUAAAUAUAUCAAUACCUGUCCCCAAA